AUGACUUUUGGCCCUUUGGAACAUGGUCGAACGACGGCGGAGGAUCAAGCGAACCGUAUUGCAAGGGAAAUGAAGGAUAUAUUGGAUUUCUUAAGAGAAGAGAUGUUUCGAGCGCAAAGGAUACAAGAAGAAUCAGCCAAUAGGAAUCGAACUCCAGCUCCUCGAUACCAUUUAGGAGAUAAGGUUUUCCUAUCGACCCGUCAUAUUCUAACAAAGCGACCUUCUAAGAAAUUCGACUGGAAACGUAUUGAACCUGUAACGGGGGUCUCUUCUAAGAGGAAUAGAAUAGAGUAG